AUGGUUGUCUCACACAGCUUCGUCUUGCUGCUAGCGCUUGUCUGCGCCACAUUCGCUCACAGCAUCGGGCUCUCAUCUCGUGAGGCAACGGAACCGUUUCCUUAUGCUCCGAAGCCAGGCCUAUGCCCUUCGACCCCUCUCGUGAGAAUCGCUCAAGGACUGAGCAGCUCAGAGCAGGCUUGGUACAACAACAAGAAGCCAAAGGCCGAUGCUGCUCUGCGAUCAUGGCUUCGCCAAUUCGGAUCGUUCAACGUCAACUCCAUGCCGACCAUUGGAUCUGCACUGGCGGGCGGCUUCCUACGUGCGUCUCUGCUGUCUGCGGGUAUCCAUCAACAGCUUGAUGGUACCGAGGGCAGUGGUCCCAUGGCUGGCUUGCUCCAAGCAAUAACCUAUGAGACGACACUCUCCGGCUCAACGGCAUUCCAAGGAGGGCUCAUCCAAAACAACUGGCCUUCGAUCAGCUCCCUUUCCAACAACAUCUGGCAGCCCAAGUACCAAUACGGCCUCAACACCCUCAAGGAUCCGGACCGGCCAAAUUCAGGUGCAGAGCUUGCAAGUGACGUUGGGUCGAAAUCAAAUGCGGGCUACCCAGCGACCUUGAUCGACAUGUAUGGUCGGCUCAUUAGCUAUGCCAACCUGUACGGCGAUCACGGCGGCAUUCGAGCCUUGAUAUCCGACGGCCGAAGUCAGUCCAAGUUCACAAAUGGAGAAGUUCCUAUGCCAAUCUUCACGUCCAUCGGAUCAUCGACCGCAGACGGAGGUGGUACUUGCGGUCCUGGAUCAAACGGAACUCAGUAUGAGAUUACUCCUUUCGAAUUUGGAAGCUGGGACCCUGCCGUGAAGGCUUUCAUGGACAUCAAGUACCUUGGAACUCGAAUGUAUGCUGGCAGACCCGUCGCCUUCCAGUGCACGACAGGCUUCGACAAUCUCGGCUUCAUGAUGGGCACUUCGGCCAAUGUCAUCGUGAAUGCAUGCAAGGACGCCGGCGGUGCUUUCGCCGGCACUCCUCUGGCACCGAUAUUCCAGACCAUUGGUGAAGGGAUCACCUAUCCACUCAACCGCCAGUACUUCUCUGCCAUCCCGAACCCGUUCUUCGGAAUGAGAUCAUCGCCGCAAGUUGCCCAACAGCAGGAGUUGGCCCUUAUUGAUGGAGGGAAUUCGGGUCAAGUGAUCCCAAUUUGGCCCUUGCUCAAGCGAAACAACGUUGAUGUCCUGUUUGUGUGGGACGUAUACUACGAUCUCAACGGCGUCCAAAGUACCGGAGGCCAGCUGUACAACACCUACCAAGCCUCCAAGCCUGCAAACCUCAACCGCAUGCCAACGAUCCCGCCUCCGGAUGAAUUCCAAGCGAAAAAGCUCAACACCAAGCCAACCAUCUUUGGUUGUAACGAUCCCUCCAAGAACACCUUGAUCUACGUCCCAGUGCAGCAAUACCUGCCGCAGACAUCAAGCACCUUCAACCUGACCACUACACCUGAACAGACCCGGGACUUCAUUACCAACGGAAACAGAAUGGCCACCAACAACAACAACUCCAACUGGCCUCGUUGCGUCGCAUGCUUCAUCAUGAAGAAGAAGGCCUCGAGCCUGCCAGACUUCUGCAACGCUUGCUUCUCGCAGUACUGCUACAACUAG